GUCAAAUAAUCGUAGAUUAUCGAGCACAACGUGACUUUAAACUGUCUGUGUUUCGGCUCAUGUUUACAUCGAAUUAGCGGUGUUGAAUUGAAAGUAAAAAAAAAAGUGAUGGCAGACUUGGAACAUACAGAGGAUUGUCCUAUGGGGAGGAGAAAAAAGCAAAUAGCGUCCAGAUUCAGAAAGUUCCUGAAGCUUUCCUUGAUCGUCCCCAUAUUAAUGCACAUUGCCAUGAUUGUAAUUGGCGCUAUGACAAUGGACAAAUGUCCAGUUGAGAAGAAUAUUCCUGUCUAUCUUCUGUCAGCAGGUAUUCUUGGGAUAGCCACGAAAAUUCUUGGUAUUGGUAGAGACUUCAUCAUUAAAUACUGCAGUUUCGAUACCAUAAUGAGUAUUGUAUACACACUGGAGUUUGUGUACUUCCUUUUGGGUUCAUACUGGGUGUACAAGGAAUACAAACCGAGUUUCGAUCCCUCGGCAGGGAAAGCCUACUGUGACUCUACUGCUUUUAUGUUCGCCUUCAUAUACAUAACCUUAAUCUAUGUUGUAAUGGCCUUCUUCCUGGCUAUGGUUUGUUGCUGUAUAGCAGGCGUCAUAGCUAUUGACACACUGGUGCCAAAGCCAGAAACCGAGACUCUAGGCAAUGCUGAUGAGCCAGUUCAAAAUGUCUGAAAACAGUUUUGUGUAUUGUUAUAUUAUAAUUUUUUUUUGUUUUUGUAGUCGACUGAAAUUUGUAACAAUUUAACAACACAUUAUACAUAUUUUAAGUAUC